GGGCAAGAGAAAACAAAAGCCAAACGCAUCAUCGCACCAAAAGAUCUCCAUCACUUCGCGGAGCGAAAAGCAAAAAUUUGCCAGCUGCAAACGAAACGUUGUUUUGCGAACUUCAGUUGAUUUUGUGUUUCCUUUUGCAAAAUUUAUACAUCUGCCGGGGCUCUGAACAAAGGGUCUCGCAGGUAGAAAGUGAAAGAAGUGUGUUCGAGCGAGAAUUUGCAUCCGAAAAGAACACGUUUUUUCCCGACCGAAAGUGAAGGAAGGAUCUGUCUGCGACAGAUUGCGGUCGCCGAAGUGAUCCAUUGAAGUUUGGGAAAAAUGAGUCGUCGUGGUCGGGGACGUGGUCGUGGUCGAGGAGGUGCCAACCGAGGUCGUAAUCGCAAUCCAGCUCCUCCGCACAAUAAUUGGGACGACCUUGGGAAUUUCAACACGUCGAGUGACAGCGACGAAGAUACGGAUUUGAUCAACGGUUUGGCGCUGAUGGAGGCCCUGAAUCAGAUGCGAGGAGGCUUUUCGGGAAAGUCCCACUUCGGAAUGGGGCCGGAUCCAAGCGAUUCGGACGAACGAAUUUUCCACACCGAGGAUGGCUUCCCGGUCAACACUAUCUAUGCGAGUUUCACCCAGAAUCCGGAAUCGAUAACGGAAGCAGUGGUACGCAAGAUGUUCGAACAGUUUGGCCGCGUCAAAAGCGUCCGGAUUCACACCAAUCAGAACAACAACUUGUACGACGAGGGAGGAGAUGUGGCGAGUGGCGGCGGUGGCGGAGGACGACCCAGCAGACGCGGAGGUUAUCGCCGGAAUAACCGGAACGACAGAAUCAUCCGGUACGGGUUCAUCUCAUACGAACGGUGCGAGGAUGCUGCCAAGUGCUUGCAGAAGAAAAUUAUCCUCAAGAAACGAUGCUACGUGGCUCCGGCUGACAGCUGGCACCAGGAGGCCUACCACAAGAAAAUGAAGGAGACGGAACAAGGCGAUAAAGAAUCGAAAGACUUGGAUGCUGCUGGCAGCUCUGGAACUGGAGCUGCUGAAGGGGCAUUGGAGCCAUCAAAGACUGCCGAAGCGGAUCUCAACAGUAGCGUCAAAGCGGAUAGUGUCCAUUCCACCGAUGCAGAACCGGAAGGUAUGAACAUUCUACAUCUGAACGACGAUUGCUUGUUGAUGAUUUGCGACUAUCUUGAGCUCAUGGAUCUAUUGGCACUGAAGAAAUCCUGCUCCCGAAUGGAAAGCAUCACAGCGGAAACGUUCAAACGGUACAAGAUUUUGGACUUUGACAUCGACCCCAUGGAUAAGAAGUACCUCACCUUAUUGGAUGCCAAAAACAUUCUCACGGAAAUCGGGCCUUACGUAGAACAUCUGUUCAUUGCUAGGGAUCGGUUUUUGAAGCCCAGUGUGAGGAUCCUCAAUUUAAUACCUCGCUAUUGUCCUAAUUUGAAGGAACUGGACAUCAACGAUUUUUCGAUAAAACCUAAGACUCUGAGCGGGUUCGAUGAAGUGUUUAAAUCUCUCGAAGGACUGACGCUAGUGGCAUGCAGUAUCGAAGAUACGAUCGGACGAAGUUUGAAACUCGCUACAAAGCUAGAGCGAUUAGACCUUUCCGAAAACAGCGAAAUUACCGGGAAAUGUCUGGCAAGCGUCAAUGACCAGUUGAAAUACUUGAAUUUGGAAAGUUGUCAGAACAUUCAGGGAAAACCGUUUACCACAUUCGCAACGAACCACAAAUUGCUAGAAUACUUGAACAUUACCUGCUGCAGUCGGUUGACCUCGGGAGCGAUCAAAGCCAUCGCUAGCAGCAUGACUGAAUUGAAGCACCUGGUGUGCAACAAUCAAUACGAAGGUGUGGAUCAGGCUAGUAUGGCACUGCUGGCCAGAAUGCCGAGCCUUAGGAAGAUCCAGUUCAAAAUCAACGGCUACAACACGAUUGAUCAUAUGCUGGAAGGAUUUGCCGAAAUGAAUCAACUGGAGCAUCUGGAUCUCUCGGACGGUCUCUUCACCUCGAUCGACUACAAUGUCCUUAGCCGGUUAACUAAUCUCAAAGAACUGAAGCUGAAUUACAAGCUGGACUUUGCCGACGAACACUUGGCCAAGUUGUGCAGUACAGGUCGCUUUAUCGAGCUGCACAUUGCCGGCUGUACGAAGAUCACCGACAAGCAGCUGAUCGAGUUCAUUCGCAAGAACCCGCAGCUAAAGCUGUUGGACAUAUCCUACUGCCAGAUAACGGAGGGGUUGAUCUUCUCCGCGAUCGACAUCCUGAAGGAGCAAGCGGUCGGCUGUCGGGAGGGAGGUCGCCAGCUCAAGAUGAUGGUUGGCCAAACCAGCAUCUGCCAAGUGAUAUUGCAAAACACACUGGUCGAAGCCAAUCGACAUCUGCUGAACAUCUCGUUCGACAGUACGGAAGGCUUCUACGGUGGAAUGGAGGCCGACGACAUGUACGACGACAUCAUGGAUGAGGACGACGACGAAGACUUCAUGGGCUACGAUUACGAGGAUGACGAUUCCGUUAUGUGGGGCCUGGAUCACGAUCUAGAUUUUGAGGAAAUGUGCCAGUACUUCUACGACAGCGAUACGGACGACUAUCGUUAUAUGUACUACAUGUAAGCCACUGCAGCAACGCUUAAGCUCCCUCUACCGACCUGUUUGCUGCUGCCAGAAAAGACAAAUAGCACAGAUUAGCGAGGCGCGUAUAUUAAAAAACUAGAGAAAACAAUCAUUCUUCUCAGUCGAAUUUCUUAGGUUCUUUACAGGGGCAAGAAUAGUUCAGAACUAUGUAACCGUUGCGGAGGCGGGUUUUCUUCGGUUCGGUAAUGUUGCGAAACAGAGUAGUAGUGAAACACGAAUCGCCAGUUUUAUCUCAGCUACCUGAGGCUGUAAUGCGUAAAUUCCAAAUCAUCUUGUAAAUCUGCACAGAACAGUUACUUCCGAAUAGAAAAAAAAAUCCCUGGAGUAAUUCGAUAUUCCGGUGACAUUAAAAAAACGACAGUUGUUAUACUCUUAUAUUAUCAUUCUAAUAACAAUUUUUACAUACAGAAUAGUAGAGGUUGAGCGGACCGGCUAUUUGGUUAAGUAUCGUUUUUCUUUUUAUAAGUUAAUGUUAAUUUGUUGCAUCAUCUCAUAUUUUUCUGUAUCCAAAGCGAUCUGUUCUUCUCCUCCGAAAGAAAGUCGAUUCAAAUGUCAAAACCGAGAACGUCCAUCUCGAUAAUUUGAAAAUACAAUAAAAUGAAAUGAAUUGGAACAAAGUUUCGUCACUCGAUA